AUGACCGUGGAAUGCCACACAUGCGAUCGGUGGUUCGUCCACAUACCAGCCGCGAUGCAACAUAUGGAUGCGGUGGGCCACUGGCGAGACAACGCCAAAUGCGAAAGUUGCAGCAUUCACUUCUUCUACGAGGACGAUGUAUACAACCACAUGGACGAUGAGAAUCACUGGGCUCCAAAAUUCGAGUGCGAGGCGUGCACUGCGAUGUUUACUUCGCAGCAAGCCGCUCGAAGGCACAUGGAUUCCACGAACCACUGGAGGCACCACUGGUGCGAAGAUUGCGAGAGAGGUUUUCAAAACGCAAACAAUCUACGGCAGCACCUCAACAGCUCCACCCAUCGAGCUGGCAGCAUACACUGCCCCUUCUGCAGCAAACCCCACACAACCGCCUCAGGAAUAGUCCAUCACCUCGAAACCAACAGUUGCCCCAACGCCAAGAACCUCAACCGUCAAAAAAUAUACGAAAUCAUCAACCGCUCCGACACCCGCGGCGUCAUUACCAACAAGCAGCUCACGUGGCACUCGGAGCAGAAUGGCGACCACAUUGCCAGCACCGCAACUUGGAACGGGAGACAGUACGAGUGCUACCUCUGCCACAGGGGCUACAAUACCUUGCGGUCGUUGAACCAGCAUUUGGACUCGCCGGCCCACAAGCAGAAGAUCUAUCAUUGUUUUGGCAGGGCGUGCAGUAAGCAAUUCACUGCCCUCGCGCAGUUGUUCAACCAUCUUGAGAGCGAGAGCUGUGGCGCUACGAGGUUCAAUGUUGUGCAGCAGAAUGCCAGCGAUAUCCUGACGGGGAGAAGGAUGAUUGCGUUUUAG